AUGACUAAAGCACUUCCACAUACAUCAUAUAGAAAUAGUGUUUUGGUCUGGUCUCGUCACAUUAGCAUGGAGAGUAGUGGUGACUGGGCCCAGUUUAUGAGGUUUUGUAAUUGUAAUGGAAGUGCCUUCUUUUGGGAAUCUUCAUUUUCUUCAUCAAAACUAUGUGCUCGGCCACUCACUACUGAGCUAGACAGAUCAAAACUGAAUGAGGUCUCAGGGGAGGACUUUGUUUUGGAGUUGGAAGGAGGUGAAUCUUUGAAGCAGCUGCUGGGGGUGGAGGACAGCAAAGGUGGAGAUGAAGAAUGUUUGCAGAGAAGAAUGACUUUAGAAGCUCACCUAGACUACAUCUACACCCAGCACCAUAAGCCUUGA